AAUAAUUAAAAUUGUAGCAACUAAUUUAUAGCUGGACUUUCUUAAUAAAGAUAAAUAAAUAAAUAAUGGCAGGCAAGACAGCCAAGUCUUCGAUACCCACAACACCUGCUAAUAAAGAUUUGAGUUGUUUACGCUGUAGAAAGAAGAAAGCAAAAUGUUCAAAGACAAGACCUACCUGUACUCGUUGUGCUCGUUCAAAUCAACCUUGUGAAUAUCCAGAUGCACCACCAAAUCUAACAGAUUUGUCGCAAAAAGUUCUUAAUCUCUAUGAUACCUUACGAGAAUUAGAGGGCGAAUUCUUGAUUAAAUACAUGCAAUCUUUGAAUGAAGAUAAGAAUGAAAAUAUAAAUGAACAAGACAAGAAUUUAAAUCACCCAUCAUACAGCGACAAGACUACAAGUUAUAGCUCAGUUGAUGAAGAUGUUUGUGCACAUGACAAUAAAAGGCAAAAAGUAAUAAAAGAAGGAAAAGAGAAUGAUGGACUAUCGACAGAAGAACCAGCAGGUUGGUCAAUAUCACUUACGUCGAAUGGAUUAUCUAUUCACGCCAUCACACGAAAUUUUUAUGAAUUUGACGAAUUUGCAAAAUCACUUUCACGACAAACUAUUCGUGACUUUGGACCUAGUUAUUUACCAAAGAAUUGGGAUCCAGAUGCAGAAGGUUAUUUUGAAGACACAGAGGACGAUGAAUUAGAUGAAGAUGAAUAUCUAGUAACCGUGCCUGUAUUUUCUACUCGUUCACUUUUACAAAACACAGCACCCAACAUUAUCAAUACUAUUUUAUUCUCUUCUUUACAACAAGAGACAGCAAAUGCUACACCUUCAUUUGAAAUCAUGCUCGAUGGAGCCGAUCCAUUCAUUACACUUAUUCAAUCUAAUUUCCCACAAAUGAUAAAGCACCUUAAUAUGCGAUAUGAAUGGUUAGAAAAGGAGGGUGAUUCAUCUAGACCUAUUCCUCACCAUCUAGUUAUCCUUAUGCAUCAACUUAAAAUGUAUUUACCUGACUAUGCACCACAGCCAGCUCCAUCUUCUUUAGAUCAUCAACAUGACCCACUUUUACAGAUUUGUAUCCUGACAGCCUAUGUUGUCUCCAUCACCUUAUUACCACCUGAUCCUAGCCUUGUCUUCCCACCUCUGCCGACCUCACUUUGGCGUCAAUGUGCAGAGUAUGCUACCAUGUUACUAUUUGAUUUAGUAUUACAAACAGGAGAUGCGUUAUCACCUUACCCAGUUAUCCUAUGUGCGAUUCUAUUAGCUUGGAUCGAAACAGAAUUAGUUGCCUGUACAGAAUUCAAGGCAGACACGAUGGUACACAUCGCACUUCGUGUCCUCUGUAAUUCAGAUUGGAAGAGUGAAGAGCCCGCCUGGCAAAUCUUGAUUGCCACUUUACUUUAUUUAGAUGUGUAUUCAGCUACCUUUAGGUUCAAGGUACCCCAGGUACGUGGGGAAGGGAUGAUGGAGCUUUGGAAGGCGGCAGUUCAGAUGAGGGAGCCGAGCCGUUGGGAUUCGUCCUUUAAGGAAGCAGGUAUCGUAUUAGAGGCCAGGUUAAUGUCGUUACUCAAUAAAGUCAUUUCCUUAUUCUAUCAAGUGGAUGAUGAGAGAGAAGGCAUGACAGAUAGACCUACGCUACGAAAGAUUGAUGUAGAUGAGGUCCUUACACUUGUAAGAGAUAUUGAACUCUGGGAACAAGAGCUACCAGAAUGGGCAAAAUGGAACACAUCACUGGCUGAUUCAGAAUCAUCUAGGUUGGGCCUUAAGAUGCAUAUGCAUAUGAUUCAUAAUAUGGUGAAGAUCCUGUUAUUUAGACCUUUUAGUACAGAGAUGAAUGAUAAAGAGGAGAGUGAACAGACGUUGACAAAGACCACGUUUUUAGAUAUGUCUACUGUCUCCUCAGAUAGACUUACAACGUGUUUAUGUCAUAUUUAUGAAACGGACCUUCGAGAUUUCUGGACAUGUGCUGCCAGUAGUCUGGUAAGAGAUGUAUCUUCAAGAGUAUUAAAAAUGUUUGAUAAAGAUGAAGAGAUUGUUAAUCAAUUAGACACUAUUCAGCAACGUUUAGAAAAGGCUGAAACAAUAAAAAGGAAAUUAUUUUCAACAUAGAAAGUAUUUAUAUAAAAGAUACUAUUCUAUUCUC